AUGAACACACCCCAAAAUCAUACCAUGAGCCAGUACAGCCUGCAAGGGGCUGUCAACGACCCGGAUAUGGACGACACCAUCCCCGAGGAAGGGCCCGCCACCCAGAAUGUCACCGCAUCCAGAGCCACCGCCGUCCCCAGCAACAGAGGUCGGGGACGUGGUCGAUGGACCCGCCCAAGGAACACCAAAGUCACUAAACCAGCUCAGCAAAAAGCACCUUCCAGCCGAGGGCGUCGUCACAAGGUAUACGACAACCUCCGCGUCCAGGCCGCCCAUGAACGCACCCAAGAGCUCAAGCAGGCCUUCCUGGCUAUCGGGAAGUUGGUCAAGCCGGCAGCCCAAGAGGUUGCUGACCGUUCCAUCAACGAGCUGCUCGAGGACCCCGCUCUUCAUAAGCAGGUGCCCCAAUAUGAGAUCACCAAGAAGUUCCUGCGCGACCGCCACGAGGAGACCAUCCAGCAGUGCAAUGACCGCCUCCAGCACGGUCUCGCCAUGGCAGAGAAUGUAUGGCAGGCCCAGCAUCAAAAGGUCAUCGAAGAAUACACCACUAAGGUUGCCGAGCUCUGCGAGGACAGAUAUGGCCAGCUCCUCUGCCAGCUGGGAAUCCUCGAGUCUCUCUACAGAAACGGUUUGCCCGUUGAUUUGCCCGCCGGUGACGACGACAGGCAUUUCUUUAAGGAGAUCACCCAGGAGGACGCCGACUGCCAGGGCGUCUUUUAUGAGACCGACGGGGGCGUCGAGGUGCCGCAUUCUGGCAAGACCAUCUCCCAGCUGAUGUUCAAGCCGCAGACGCUCCCCUUGGAGCCGAAGCGGAAGGCCGAAGGCCAGCCGGAGGGCCUGCCUGCAGCGAAGGUGGCCGCUGUCACCAAGGGAGACGAGACGGCGCCCCAGAUGCCCAGGCACCCGGCUGGUCUCCUCGGCGCUGCCGACGCCAUCGAAGAGAGCGGGGCUACGACCCCGGACUCGGGAUCCGGCGCCCCCACCCCGACCCCCAUCCCCGAGCCGGCAGAGGAAGUGGCCCCCGAGCCCAUCAAUCAGCGCGUCGUCAGCGGGGCGGCGACCCCGGACGACGGGCCGGAACUCCCAAUCCCCCGCGGCGCGACGGACCCAGACGAGUUUGGUGUUCGUCUCAUCUCGAGACGGCCUACCCGCAUGGACGUCCCGAACAACCGCAUCAUGGUGCCCAACCUCUUCGAGUGGGACGACCUGGACAUCGGUUUCCGGGACUCGACCAACUGCUCCCAGAAGGGCGCCACGAAGCAGCGCCGCGGGAAGUACUUGGGCCGGCCGGGUUCGAACUACAUGUUCAUCGACCGCCGCGCCGGCAUUUGGGAUAGCACCCUGGCCGCCGGGGAGCUGGACGAGGACCUGGUGAAGAAACACAAGCUUCACCCCACCCUCGGCAUUCCCCUGCCGGACUCGGUCAACGAGUGGGAGCCCCCCAAACCCACCGCCGACGGUUGGAAGUCCGUCGUCCUCGUGCCGCCCAGCGGCAACCCUAUCCACGCCUCGCGGACCAUCGAGGCCGCGAGGAUGGAUGCCGAGACGGACGCUGCCGAGGCUCGAGCGAGGGUUGCACGGCUUGUGCGCAUCGCCUGCGAGCAGGAGGACGUCCCGCAAGAAGACGUCGCACCGGACGCCGAGCUUGUGGAGAGCCACCGGAUCGGGGUAUUGGUCGCUCGGGGCCUUGACCCCGCCCAAAUCGCCCAAGUCACCCCGCCCGAGCCAUCGUCGCCCACCCCCGAGCCCGUCGUAGAGGACGCGGCGCUGAUCUUUGACCAAUUUGCCAGCGAUGCCCUUGACGCAGCUGCCACCCUCGAGGCAGAAGAGGAGGCUGCGCGCAUGGCCGCCGCAAAGCGAGCCCAGCAGCCCCGGCCCUACGACGCGAUCCGGGACGUCUUCACCGAGACCCCGUCUGCCCGCCAACCUUCCCCGCCUGCCGCACGAGAGGCACCCCCUCCCGCUCCUCCCGUGGCUGCCGACACCACCAACCUCUCCUGCCUCGCGGAUCUCGCCUUGCACCCGGAGCCUCCCGCCAUGCAACCCGUCGCAGCCGAGCAGUCACAGUACGGCCAACCGCCGCUCGAGUUGAUGAUGACCCUCGGCGACUACGAUCCGCCGCAGUUAGAGUAUGCCCGGUCGGCCGAAUAUCCGCCACCCGAGCCUGCCCACUUUGCCCGCCAGGAUGGGCCAUCGGCACCCAUGGAGCCUGUCAGGACCAACGACUUCCUCCGGACUGCUCUCAACCCCCAACCGGCGUCCCCUCCCCCACACAUGCCGUCGGUUCAGGAAUAUGGCGGCGUCCCCCUCGCUCCGGCACACGGACCGAUGCCCAGCCAAGGACAAACGCCGGCGGGGCGAACCCCUUUCUCCAACACCGGGGCUGCCAAGGCUCUGCCGGCUCUGCGGCCGAUGCGGAGUCUUUUAAACGAGUCCCCGCCGUUUCAAGAGCCGCAGGGCGGCCCAGCACUGCAUCACAAUAUGGUGCCCUCAAACAGUGGUGCAUACUUCCCCCCGGCAGCCAACCGCCCGUUCCACAACUCCUACUCCGUCCAGGGGCAGCCACAACCAAUGCAGUCCAUGAUGUCGCAGAUGCCGCUAGGAAACCCCCACCAGUCGCCCUCUCACGCCUGCCCGCCCAUGGGACCAGCGCCUCUUCGGCGAAUGAGCACGCCGCCACCUUACCAUCAGCCGGCUAACCCUCCGCUCGGCCCCGCCCCAGGAUCUUCUCUCGGUGGCCAGGGACCCAUUCACUACCAAGGAGGACAACAACCCCUCGCACCAGCCGCGGCCUCGGCACCUCGGUCCCGCCCGGGAAGCUCUUCAGCUGCGAACUCGGCGGCCUCUUCUAAAUACCGCAAGCUCGAGCCGGCACCCACUCCUCCCCACCGCCUAUCGUAUUCGGGCAACGGCCAGGAGCUGCGCACCGUCCAGUUUGACUACCGCGAGGCCAUCAAGGACUAUAGCGCCGUCGAAGCCCCACCUAGGCACGGACCUACCCAGAUCAGGGGCUGGACGCACAACAAUAUCAGAAAGGUCGCGAGGCCGACCUCGUCUUCUUCCAGGGGUGAUCCACAUACCAGUACCGGCACCAACUCUGAUGAACCAUCCGCUUAG